AUGAGUGUUACCGUCGUGCUCGGAACCCAGUGGGGCGACGAGGGAAAGGGGAAGCUCGUCGACAUCCUCGCAGCAGACAUAGAUAUAUGUGCUCGCUGUGCGGGAGGGAACAAUGCUGGUCACACCAUUGUUGUGCCAAUUGGCCCGGACAACGUGAAGACGACUUUUGCAUUUCAUCUUCUUCCUAGUGGUCUCGUUCAUCCGAAGUGUACGGGAAUCAUUGGAUCAGGUGUUGUGAUCCAUGUGCCGUCCUUCUUCGCGGAACUUGACGCACUCGAGGCCCAAGGACUUGAUUGCACCGGUCGUCUGUUCAUCUCCGACCGUGCUCACCUCGUCUUCGACUUCCACCAGAUUGUGGAUGGAUUGAAGGAGGUUGAGCUAGGAGGUUCAAGCAUAGGUACUACAAAGAAGGGCAUUGGUCCGGCAUACUCCUCUAAGGCGUCGCGCUCUGGUCUGCGGGUGCACCACUUAUUCGAUCAUGACACUUUCGCCGAGAAAUUCCGCAAGAUCGUCGAAGGACGAUUUAAGCGGUACGGGCACUUCGAGUAUGACACCGAGGGCGAGAUCAUCCGCUACAAGGUCCUGGCAGAACGGUUACGUCCGUAUGUCGUCGACAGUGUCGUCUACAUCCACAAUGCCCUGUCGGAAGGGAAGAAGCUGUUAGUCGAGGGCGCAAACGCACUGAUGCUCGAUAUCGAUUUCGGUACCUACCCAUACGUGACAUCGUCCUCGACAGCGAUCGGUGGCGUGUGCACCGGACUCGGAAUACCGCCCAAGUUGAUCGGCACCACUAUCGGCGUCAUGAAAGCCUAUACGACGCGAGUUGGUGGCGGGCCCUUCCCCUCGGAACAGCUGAACGAGAUCGGCACGCAUUUCCAAGAAGUUGGCCAAGAGUACGGCACGACGACUGGACGUCGUAGACGCUGCGGAUGGCUCGACCUUGUCGUCGUGAAGUAUUCCAGUUUCAUCAAUGGCUACGACUGCCUCAAUCUCACGAAGCUCGACGUGUUGGACGAUCUCGCCGAAAUCAAGGUCGCUGUUAAGUACGUCGUUGACGGGAAGGAACUCGCAGGAUUCCCAGCGAACCUGGAGCUUCUACACAAGGUAGAGGUAGCCUAUGUCACUCUCCCCGGUUGGAAGAAGUCCAUCGCGCAAGUCACCGCAUUCGCUGAUCUUCCUGAGAACUGCAAGAAAUACAUCUCGUUCAUCGAGGAGUUCCUCAACGUCCCUGUGCAGUGGAUUGGCGUCGGGCCCGGACGAGAAAACAUGGUGAAGAAAGAAGUUAAGCUGUUGAAUUGA